AUGUCUGAACAUGUAUACCAGCCCACGGACGUUGUCCUGGCAAAAGUGAAAGGGUUCCCAGCAUGGCCUGCCAUGAUAAUACCGGAAGAGAUAGUGCCCGAGAACGUGUUGAAGGGAAGACCGGGCAAGCCUGCCAAAGAACUUGACGCAAGUGAAACAGAGGAGUCUGAUAAGGACAUUUCGAAUUACAUUGUGCAUAGCGAUUUUUUGAAAUUCCGCAAGAAUCGGAUCGUACAUCUGUCGUACUGCGUCAAAUUUUUUUUCGACGAUUCUUACAUCUGGGUCAAGCCACAGGAUUUCAAGCCUCUGUUACCAGAGGAAUGUGCCAAGUGGCUUGAAAAUAUCCGCCGCAAGCCCAAGCGCCUUGUUGCGGCGUUUGAAAUGGCGAAACGCGGGCCUGGCGGUAUCGACGUUUGGGAAUUUGUCGAAUACGGUUCCCAGGGAAAACCAGACGAAGAAGAGUAUGUCGAAGAAGAGCCUGCUGUGGAAGAAGUACCCCAGGAACCAGAGUCGUCCCCGCAUGUCAGCGAUGUCGAUGAGGUCCAGAGCCUGGCAAAUGACUCUGAUUUCGAUGAAGAGCCUAAAACUAGGGCCGUCAAGGCACGCACGUCGCGUGCUGCUAAGAAAAGAACCCGUGGAGGCCGCGACGUGGAACUGCAAGAACUGUCCAUGUCUCCACCUCCUCCUUCGAGAACCAAGGCACGCGCGUCUGCGAAAAAACAGAAAACCCCUGAAAUUCCCAAAUACAAGUACGAAGACGACGAGGACUGGUCUAUAGUCGGAUUGGGACCGCAGAACUCAAGCAUAAACCAGUCAAAUACCUUAAUCAGAAAGCUCUCGCAGAAGCGGAAUUUGGAAGUGCACAACGAACUCAAGGCUGACCUGCGAGAAAAACUCAGUUUUGCGAAAAAGCUCGUCAUGGGCGCGAUCUUUAGUGGCUCCGAGAAGGAAAAUGAGGAGAAUCUUCACAUGGUCAUUGAUGAAUUGGACCAAUCUUUGUCUCUGAAGGGUAGUCAGGACGAGUUGAUUACGGUCCUGUACGCAGAUAACGAGAUUUUGAUUAGUCUCAGCGCUUUGCUGAAUUCGAAGGGAGACCAACUGAAGGAAAUGGGACUGUGGGACAAGUUUCAACAGUGGUUCACAAACGUUUACGGACACGAAUUCGUACCUGAUGAAGAGCCAUGGUCUAUGGAGAAAAUUUCCGAAUUGGCCUCCCAGUCUUAG